AAUCGGUUUGGCUAUGGCUAGAGGUGUGAAGGGCAAGUUCAUGAUUUGACCUCGGUUAUUUGAGUUCUCAGUUGUCUUGAAAGCACCAAAAGAGUCACCGGCAAGGACGUCAGAGGACCACUUGACAGGAUCUGCGCAGCUACUGCGCUGUUUUUAUGUUCGACAACGUGCGUGGUCGCUUCCACUGUUUUCCAGCGGAUCGUCGCUAGCCUUGUCAGGCUGCGGAGGCUGUGUGCAAAAUCAAGGGACUGGAUUGACUACCCAUGUCGUUGUCCCGUUUGGUUUUGAAGUCGGCUUAAUGCUGUUUUGUUAUAGUAUUUCGUCUGUUAACUAUCAGGAGAAGUGAUCUGUCGACACAGAAUCUGUAGGGGAUGGUCACAGAAUAUUUCAACAUCUGAGAAUGAUCCUGGGAAACUUUUGAGGAAAUAGUAGGCCUAUGGGUCAUAAUGUCCCAGGUGAUGUAAGCCUUCUGUCUGCCUCUGAAGCCAAACAUGAGUGAGGUGCAGGCCACGGUGGAGUUCUCUGUUGAGCUCCACAAGUUCUACAAUGUGGACCUGUUCCAAAGAGGGUUCUACCAGAUCCGUGCCAGUAUGAAAGUGCCAUCACGAGUCCCUCACAAAGUAGAGGCCAGUCUACUCCACCCACCAGGUUCUGAUCUGGCCUUCCCUGCAGCUGUGGUCGAUGACGUCAUCUGCAGCAAGACCUUCCAGAUCCUCUAUAAGAACGAGGAGGUGGUUGUCAAUGAUGUGCUGGUGUUCAAAAUCAUGAUGCUGCUGGAUGAGAAGAAGGUAGAAGAAUCCCUCAAUGACAUGGACUUCCAGCUCUCUCUGGAGUUAUACUUCACAGAUGGAGACUUCUCGCCCGAGGAGCUCAGCUCCCUGCAGAACAUCAGCAGUCGUUCGCUCCGCUUGCACUUUAGCCUGAACCGAGGCAUCCACCAACACAUCAAUAUCAUGUUCGACUACUUCCACCUGUCUGUCGUCUCUAUGGCCGUCCACGCAUCCCUGGUUGCCCUGCACCAACCCCUCAUCAGUUUUCCCCGGCUAGUGAAGAGUACAUGGCUGAAUCGCACCGCCCCCCAGCAGAGUAAAGACUCUGUCAUCCCAGCCCUGGAGAAUGUGGUGUUUGGAACCAGCUAUGUCAAACAGCUGUCUGCUGAUGGCAGAACAUUCCUGGUGUCAGACCAAUGUCUGCAGCAUGCAUUCAGUCUUCACCACAGUCUCUGUGCCAGCCUACUGCUGGCCUACCAGGGCCUGUUUGGUUACUUCACCUCCGUCAGCAAGGACCUGCCCUCCUCACACCGCAUGGAGCUAGCCAAGCCCAGCAUGCAAGUCCUUUAUGAGAGAGUACUCAGAAGACCCUUCCCUCCAGACCAAAGGCACGUCUUUAUAGAGGAACUAGACGUUGAGAACCGUCUCACUGAGCUCUGUGAUCAAGUCAAGCAGAGAGCGGAGAGCCCGGACGAGCUGGCAGAGCUGGUCAAUAUGAACCUGGCCCAGCUGUGUUCCCUCCUCAUGGCCCUGUGGGGUCAGUUCCUGGAGGUGGUCUCACUGCAGGAGAAUGUUGCUGCCCUGCUGGCUGUGGAGCAUCACACACUCAGAGUGCGGAGAUUUGCAGAGGCCUUCUUUUGUCUGGAACACCCGAGACAAACGGCACUGGCCUAUCAGGAACUACAUGCUCACAGCCACCAGCAGAUGACCACAGCCAUCAAGAGUUCCUCCUACUUCCUGUCUCUACCACCACUUCCUGUUGCAUGUGCCGACCUGGACGGGGACGUCAGUUCCCUGCCAAUCAUCUUCGAGGACAGAUACCUGGACUCUAUCACGGAAGAUCGGGACGGGCCGUGGCUGGGCAUACAUAACCCCCGGAGUGGCUCCACUUCCUCCGGUAACUCUAAGGCCUCAUCCUCUUCCACUGCAGCUGCCGCAGCAUCCUUCCCCAGCCCCAUCCUGGAGCCUCGGCCCCCAACCAUGAUGGACACUACCUGGCCCGAUGACUGCCCAGACCUGCCCAAGUCCAAAGGCAAGUCGGUGAAACUGAAGAAGAACGCCAAGACGGAGAGGGAGAACGCCAAGAAGCUCAUCAGACAGGGAUCCAAGGACUCUGUGGUUCUGGUGGCUUAUAAGAACCUGGGGAAGGCCGCUAACUCGGCUAACCCUUCACAGCUAACACAUGGAGAAACUGACCAUGACAGAGAGACCCAGGGACAGGGAGAGGCUGGCCUGAAGCAGAGGGAGGAGAGGGAGCAGGGGGAGAGGAAUGCCUUGCUGGGGGUGACUGGGGGAGACUCCAACACUGACCUAAGGACUAGGAUCUCCAAAUAUUUUCCUGAGCCUGGUGCUACCACCGCCGCUGGACAGGCAAAUGCUGUUCUUAAUUUUGACUCUCUCCUUGAGGAUGACGUCCUAGUAGCUAGUGGCGUGGCUAGUCAGAAAGGUUACUUCACAGCCUUAGUGAGCUUGGACACACAGAACAAGCCGGCCCAGGCUGGUCCUGGAGCUGUAGCCGGAUUAGCCACCACAGAUAAUAACCAAGUAAUUAACAAAAAUGCUGCCGUUGACCACUGCAGCCAGCAGCUGCCCGAUCACUACACGCCUGGUUCUACCGCCACUGGACUCAGGCACAUUGAGGUCCAACCCUGUGACAAGGACCCGUACCAAGGAGACACAGUGACCGUUCUCCUGCCCUGUCGGACGGAUGGGGAUGGGACCUCCAAAAGAGAGAUCCCAGAAAUCACCCAGACAGACCUGUGUAUGUCCGACUCUAAACACCUUGCUAUGAGAGACUGGAGUUCUGAGGUGUCUGACAGGCCUCGGGGUAGAGGGGUAAUGACUGAGGUUAGUCAGAGGCCAGGCCUGGUGCUUCUACAGCAGGUGAAAGGUGAUUGUAUCAGGCUGCCACCAGACGGAGGUGCUGCUGUCCCCAGUGCCUCCUCCCGCCUCUCCGACUCUGGUAUCGAGAGCGAGCCCAGUUCCUUCGCUAUCCAGCUGGCUACCCAGGGUGGGGCCGUAGGGCUGGCUGGGGCCCCUGAGACUGAGUUGGGCCCCCAGCAGGCCGAACGGCCCCUACUCAGCCCUGCUCCCCGGCCCGUCCAGCCCACCUCUGUCCAUAAGGGCAGCAUGUGGACUAGAGAGGGCCUCAACCCGGAGAGCACAGUCAGCGGCGUCCAGUCUUCCCUCACCUCCAUCAACUCGCUGCCCUCGGAUGACGAGGGGGAGGGGGGUACGUCUGUGUCCAGGGGCUCCAGCAGUGUAGGAGGAGAGGAGGCCGAGGGGCCACCCGGCCCAGGGGGAAUGAGGAAGUCCAGUGUUCUGGUACAGGAGCAACAGAGCCUGGUGUUCUCUGGAGAACCACCACCAUCUGUCCCAACACGCUGCUCCGUACCCAGCCAAACGCACCCCGACGCUGGGUUGGGCCUCAACACCACUGCUAGUGGGGGUUCUGCAUCUCAAUAUCUGCCUCCUAGGACUUUUUCCUCAACCUCUGAGUCAACACUUAACACUGAUCCCAGGUUGUUAACAGGUUCCUCUGAGGGGGCCGUAGGGGGUCCAGGUGCCCCCCGUAGUGAGCCCCAGACAGCCUCCUACCCCUCCUCUAACUCCACCGCCAGCAGCAGUGACCUGGUCAAGAAGGGACUGGUAGAAAACUACUUUGGCUCGCGCUCCAGCACAGACGUCUCAGAGAUCAGCCCUGUAGAGACAUCAGCUAUCACCCUGGGGAUACUGUCUGGAGCGGGGCCGGGGCCGCCUGUAGAGGAAGACGAGGAAGAGGACAACGAGAUGAUAGAGAACGGCUUCUACGAGGAAGGAGACGGCUUGGCGUUCGUGAACGGUGUUGUUGACGAGGAGGAGGAGGAUGAAGGAGAUGGAGGGGCAGUAGGAAGGAGUCUGAUGUUUGAACAGUUGGGACUGGACCAUGUUCAGGAGCCCAGGGGUCUUCCUCCAGGCUAUGGUGCCCCUGUCCGCUCCCCCCUGGCUCCCAGCUCAGUGGGCUCUUCCCAGGGGAGAAUUCUAGUCCCUACCCCUUCCACCUCCCUCACCUCCAACAGCCUGCGCUGGUAUGACAGCGCCCCCACACCACAGAUGAAAGCUUUUGUUGCGGCCAAAGAGGAGUUGAAGCAGCUGAGACUACCAGGGUUCCUGUACAGUGAGGUGGGAGACCUGGCCUCCAGUGUCCCCUACUUUAGCCUGGAGGAGGAUGACAACUGUGACGAGGGCAUCCACCUCAUCGUCUGUGUCCACGGCCUCGAUGGUAACAGUGCUGACCUGCGUCUGGUGAAGACCUACCUGGAGCUGGGCCUACCUGGAGCUAGGAUAGACUUCCUCAUGUCCGAACGCAACCAGAAUGACACGUUUGCUGACUUUGAGCAGAUGACAGACCGGCUGUUGGAUGAAAUAGUUCAGUACAUUCAGAUCUACAACCUCACAGUCUCUAAGAUCAGCUUUGUAGGCCACUCCCUGGGGAACCUGAUAGUUCGUUCAGUACUUACCAGACCCAGAUUUAAAUGUUACCUGAGCAGACUUCACACCUUCCUCUCUCUGUCUGGACCUCACCUGGGUACCCUGUACAACAGCUCUGCUCUGGUCAACACAG